CAUGCUAUAAGGACGAUAUUCAGCGGAUGCACGUUAGUACGACAGAGAAAGCCAGCGAGUGUGCAGUGUGUAGCAGUUAUUUCCUGAGUUUUGUUCCUACCACACCGGUAAAACUUUGUUGUGGCCGAGAGGCAGUGACUAAGACUUGCCCAGACUCGAACCCCACACCCAGUGAUUCAUCGUUGUCGACAAACAGCGGUUUUUAUCCCCGACGCAUGGCUCUGAAGAUGGAAACGUCAUUUUACCACGACUCGGAGCUGCAACCGAUGCCGCACUCCAAGUACGCUAACCCGGGCUACUCCCGCAUUCCCGACCAAAAGCCCAACGUUUCAGGGCAUGAGAUGAGAAAAUCUCUCACUCUGGAUUUCGCAAAUACGAGCAAGAAGCCGCAUCUGCAGAACAUUCUGGGGACUCCUGAGCUAAAUCUCCUGAAGCUUGGUUCGCCGGAGUUGGAGCGGCUGAUCAUUCAGUCCAACGGGCUGGUCACCACCACCCCGACCCCAACACAGUUCAUCUUCCCCAAGAAUGUCACCGACGAGCAGGAGCAGUAUGCGGCCGGUUUCGUAGCGGCACUGGAGAGGCUUCAUCGCGAGGAAAUCGUCGAUCCAAACGGCCAACCUUGUGCGCAAAUGGCCACAAGUUCCACCGCGACGGCCUCCACCUCCUACCCGGGCGCGCCUCCACCGCUGUCCCACCAGCCGACCUACCAUACCCUCACCGCCAUGUCCACCACCACGGCACUUCCGGGUUCGACCGUCGAACACCACCCGACCCCCACGACCGCCGCCAGCACCGUGAGCGCCGCCUGCUCGAGUUCCACGGCACCACCCCUGCAGCACCAGGCGCUAAGCAGGCCGAUCAAGGAAGAGCCGCAGACGGUCCCGCACCAAGCGAUGAGCGCCCUCCCCACCGGCCCAAUCGACAUGGAAACACAAGAGCUGAUCAAGGCCGAGCGUAAGCGGUUGCGCAACCGAAUCGCCGCGUCCAAGUGCCGCAAGAGGAAGCUGGAGCGCAUCAGCCGCCUGGAGUCUAAAGUCAAGGACUUGAAAACACAGAACACCGAUCUUUCCACCACAGCAAACCAGCUUCGCGAACAAGUCUGUCAGCUGAAGCAGAAAGUCAUGGAACACGUGAACUCUGGCUGCCAGGUCAUGCUCACACAACAACUGUCUUUCAACUGACUUUCCCGCGUUAUAGGAUUACUGUAUCUUUGAACAUUUAACACUUUCGCGAACUGACAAUAGGACUUGGACAGUAUUACCAUGUUAUUUAUACCGUGAGACUUUCUCUACUGCGAAAGGAUGUUUGUUUGAGUUCGUAAGUUGCUGUGCAUCUUAUGUAUGUCAUGAAUGAAGUUUGUUGAAUGAUAACAAUGAUUAUAACGCUGCGGCUGGAACGUUGAGCGUGAAAGCCUGCAGUUAUAAGCCAGUGCAUUGUGUGCAAGUUGCUUCUCUGUCAAGGCAUUUAUAUAUUAAGGUACGAUUAGCAAAAAGGUGAAAUUGGCACGUCGGCGAGCCGACUGAUACUAAAAUAUGCACCCUUUUCUACAGAUGGGGAAUUGUAAUGUACAUAUUUUGUUACUUGGUUGAUAACGUUAGUUUCACGAGCUUUUGUAAUCUCGGAAAAAAAUUAUUUGGUGGAUAAAAAAAGCGUGGCGACAGCGUCGCUACAGCAUUGUGAAAUUAUUUAUACCAAAGAAGUUCUUUUUUUACAAGUUGUAAUUAAAUGAUGAAAUCACGUA